GAGCUUGUAUUGCUAAAUCAUCUUAAAGAGGCGACACCAGCGCUCCUGGUUCAUUUUGGAGAAAAAAGGGUCUUUCCUGUGAGGCGACCUGGACCGGGGGACUGACAUCCUGGUCUGGUGGUCUUAGCCGACCGAGGUGGGGGGUGGGAGUUCCACUACAGGACUCGAGGCAGCACUUUUAAAGGGGGCGUCGAAGGAGCUGUAAAGGAAAAGCGGAGACAUGUUUUGUGUCAAACGUUCCUCCGAGCUGUGCUGCUCUGCAAGGAUGUUGGCAGCUGUGCUAUGCAUUCUGAUUGGGAUCCACUCAGCACACGGACAGCAGACGUGCACAGACGGCUUCACGUAUGAGCGCAGGACAAGACAGUGCAUAGAUGUGGACGAGUGUCGUACGCUACCCGACGCCUGCAGGGGGGACAUGCGCUGCGUCAACCAGAACGGGGGCUACCUCUGCCUCCCUCGGGGGCUCUACAACCAGCCCUUCAGACCAGAGCCCCCACAGGUGCCGCAGCUGCCCGCGUCGGCCGCUCAGAGCGAGACUUUCCAGCCCGCCCCCCCGCAGAGGGCGGCGGAGCCCAGUUACCCCCAGGUGAGCUAUCCGGUGCCGUGCAUCUUGGGGUACACGCUGGCGGACGACGGCACCUGCAACGACAUCGACGAGUGCGAGACCAACUCCCAUCACUGUAACCCCACCCAGGUGUGCAUCAACACUGCGGGGGGCUACACCUGUUCUUGCACUGAAGGCUUCUGGCUGAUCGGGGGUCAGUGUCAAGAUAUUGACGAGUGUCGCUAUGGUUACUGCGAGCAGCUUUGCGCUAACGUGCCCGGCUCGUAUUCCUGCUCGUGCAACCCGGGAUUCACGCUCAACCCUGACAACAGGAGCUGUCAAGACGUGAACGAGUGCGAGGACGAGCCGUGCAGUCACACCUGCUUCAACAACCACGGCUCCUUCAUGUGCAACUGUGACGAGGGUUUCGAGCUGGCGGCGGACGGAACCUCCUGCAUCGACGUGGACGAGUGCAGCUUCUCGGAGUUCCUGUGUCAGCACCGAUGCGUCAACGCGCCGGGGUCCUUCUCCUGCAUCUGUCCACCCGGCUACUACGUGUACGAGGACGGCAGGAGCUGCGAAGACGUCAAUGAAUGUGAGACUGGUAACAACACCUGCACCACAGAACGAGUCUGUUUCAAUUUCCAGGGAGGCCACACGUGCCUGGCUCCGCUACAAUGUCCGCCUCCUUACGUUGAAGUGGGAGACAACCAGUGCAUGUGCACCACUGACAACCCCUCCUGCCAGGACCAGCCCUUCACCAUCCUCUACCGACACAUGGACUUGUCGUCCGGACGCAGCGUUCCCGCCGACAUCUUCCAGAUGCAGGCCACCACGCGCUACCCGGGCGCCUUCUACAUCUUCCAGAUCAAGUCUGGCAACGAGGGACAAGAGUUUUACAUGAGGCAAACCAGCAACAUGAGCGCCACGCUGGUCCUGUCGCGGCCCAUCAAGGGUCCCAGAGAGGUGGUCCUGGACCUGGAGAUGGUCACGGUCAACAACGUCAUCAACUUCCGCGGCAGCUCCAUCAUUCGCCUGACCGUAUACGUGUCGGAACAUCCCUUCUGACGCGUCCACGGACCUUCACGGCCAUUUUGCACAUCAUUACAUCUGAAUGGAAGUCACCCCGCCCUGCUUUAAUGGACUCUGGGCUUUUAAGGCCCGUAAUAUGGACGCUUUGGCGGGAUGCGCGUGGUGUACAAUUUCUGGCAUCCUCUUAGAAUGACCGCACGCCGUCGUAUUCUCAACACCGCCUCAGAUGAGCUGUGAGUGUGACUUUUAUUGUAUCGUCAUCCGUCACAAUAAACGUCCGUAUGAGCAGCAGGCCGCUGAAACCGCUGGAACGCCUUUUUCUUUGCUUCCCUUCUGGGAAGGAAGCAGAAACACGCUCAGUCCAGGAAUUAGACACGUCCACGGCGACCACGACAGGAUCUUUUUACAACACAAAAUAGAUAAUAGUCCUCAUCAGUUAAGAUAUGUCAAUCACUACACGCAAUAGCAGGCAUGUCAGCUGUCAAUCACUACACAUGGCAACAGUCGCUGGUCAGUCUGGCCGUCAUUAAGACAUAACAGCAGCAGUCAUGGGGCAGUCGACCUGUCCAUUACACAUGACAGCAGUCAAUGGUCAGUCUACUUGUCACUCAUUACAUGCAGCAACAGUCGUUGGUCAGUCUACGUGUCAGCCAUAAUGCAAAGAAGCAGUCAUUGGUCGGUCUGUGUCAGCCAUAACACAGAGAAGCAGUCGUUGGUCAGUCCGUCAGUCAUAGCACAAAGAAGCAGUCGUUGGUCAGUCUACGUGUCAGCCAUAGCACAAAGAAGCAGUCGUUGGUUGGUCUACGCCUCAGUCAUAGCACAAAGAAGCAGUCAUUGGUCAGUCCACAUGUCGUCAUUACACACAGCAGCAGUCAUUGGAGCGUCAUUAAACCAAACCGUAGUCAUUGGUCAGUCUACGUGUCAGCCAUAACACAAAAAAGCAGUUGUUGGUUAGUCUAUGUGUCAGCCAUAGCACAAAGAAGCAGUCGUUGGUCGAUCUACAUGUCAGCCAUAAUGCAAAGAAGCAGUCAUUGGUCAGUCUACAUGUCAGCCAGAACACAAAUAAGCAGUCGUUGGUCGGUCUGUGUCAGCCAUAACGCAAAGAAGCAGUCAUUGGUCGGUCUACAUGUCAGCCAUAAUGCAAAGAAGCAGUCAUUGGUCGGUCUACAUGUCAGCCAGAACACAAAGGAGCAGUCAUUGGUCGGUCUACAUGUCAGCCAUAACGCAAAGAAGCAGUCAUUGGUCGGUCUACAUGUCAGCCAUAAUGCAAAGAAGCAGUCAUUGGUCGGUCUACAUGUCAGCCAUAACACAAAGAAGCCGUCGUUGGUCGGUUUACAUGUCAGCCAUAACACAAAGAAGCAGUCAUUGGUCGGUCUGUGUCAAUCAUUACAGUGAUUUGACUUGGCCUUGAAGUCAUUGUUCAGUCUACAUGUCCAUGUACGUAUUAAGCAGCAGUCGCUGGUAUACAGUACAUACAGUACAUACAGUACAGACUGUAUAUCAGCACUUUUUAGGUGACUUGUAUAGUAUAUGAAAUACCAGGUUGUACUGCCUAUUGUUCUAUACUUUAGCAUACAUUACCUUCAAGUACU